CGUCCUUCUCAAACUGCCAUACUCUCUCCUUAGAAAACAACACACGGGACUUAAUAAGUUAGCAAGCAAUGUUGUUGGCACUUGCUUAAGCGUUUAUCUUUUAAACAAACCCCUUCAACUAAAGGUUUAAAAGCUGCGAUAAUUAAACCAGAGAGAAAAGCGACGCCGGGGUGGGCCACCUGAUCCAGGGAGGAGGAUUUAUUUUCCUUUUGCAUUCCUGAUGGAGUCGUACAGAGUAACUGGCAUUCCUCCCAGCGGCCCACAGCGGGGCCACACUCAGCCAUCCCGCCCCUCCAGGCCCCACAGCAAUGGAGCUGGUACAUAUGGUCUCAGCAUCCGUGUCCAGGGUAUUGAUGGACAUCCCUACGUAGUCCUCAAUAACCAGGACAGGGGUCCUCAUUCCUUCAUGGACCCUAACAGUAAUGGGUACAUUGACUCAGAGGGCUCUUUUAUUGAGAACUACCAAGAGUAUGACUUCAAGGGAAGCAAAGAGGCUGGAUCAAACAGCCCCUUCAUGGAUUACAGGUCUCAGAAUAUGAUGCAAUACACUGGUCCACAAAAUGGCGUCGCAGAUUCACAAGGAAAGAAACCAUCCUCCCUUCUGAACUUUCAAAAGCACCCUGAGAUCCUGCAGCCAUAUGAUCCAGACACCAACUCCCUGAACCUUGGUGGUUUCCACCGCCUGCCUUCAAGGUCUCCACCUCCAGCUGAGACUGGGAACCAACAGCAGAGUUCCUCCUCCAAAACUGCCCUACCUGCACUAUCCCAAAGUAAGUCAUCCAGCUUGGACCAGAAGAAAGCGCCCACACAACCAGAGAAAAAGCGACCUCUAUCCCAGAGCAUGAAUGAGGCAGUCGUCCCUACGCCUAAGUUGCCGUCUUUACCUUCAGUCCAGCGUGCUCAGCCUCAGAGCCAGCCUCAAUCAAAAGUUGCUCAGCCGCAUUCUCAACCUCGUCUCGCCAACACGAGUCCACUUCAGUCCAAGCCAGGCUCUAAAACUCAGCCUCCAUCCCAGCCGACACAAUCCACUGUGUCGAGUCCGACGAGUGAGCAGAGCAAGUCGUCAGGCAGAACCCCCAGCUCCAUGAGCAGUGCCAACUCCAGUCUGGAACGUUGGCAUGAGCCUGACGUCCUGCCUCUAUGCAGGACAGAGUCAAGUGGGCCAGUUCUUCAGCCUACUUCACGCUCCCGCCACUCCUCCACAUCCUCCACGUCCAAGGUUCUGUUGGAUGAACAAAUGGAGGCCCUGUAUGCUGACACCAUCAACCGCCACGAGAACCGCCGAUACAUCCCGUUCCAACCUGGUUCAGGCAGAGACAUUGACACAGGCUCCAUUCCUGGUGUGGACGAGCUUAUUGACAAGUUUGAUGGCAGCCAGCAGCGCAGGGGCAGGGCGGGGCGCAGGAACAGGAUCCAUCCUGAGGACAGGAAGCGCUCACGCAGUGUGGACAGCGCCCUCGGCCUGCGAGAUGCCUCAAGCUUCUUGGAUGGGGUUAGCUCCCGCCAAGGAACGAGGAUGGAGCACGUCCUGCGGCCCUCUCAGCUACGCCUACAGAAAACAGCUGGCAGUCAGGACUCCUGGAUCUCAGCUGUGGAUGGUAGGACUGACUACAAAGCUUCAUCUCGUGCCACCAGUGCGCCCGGCUCUCCUCAGAGCACCAUCUCCAAUGGUGCCAGCCUCAUACAGGGUUACAAAACACAGACUAGCUCCUCUUCAGUACCAUUCAAGAGAAAAGAGGACAAUGCAACAUCAGAAGGAAAAAUGUCGUCAUCAUCAUCGCUGUCCACAUCCCUAUCAAAGCCUUCUUCCACGGCAGACAAAAAAUCCAGUUCAGAAGCAGAUGUUCAGGCGACACCUGAUCUUCUCAGAGGUCAACAGGAGCUUUCACAACAAACAAAUGAAGAGACAGCUAAACAGAUUUUAUUCAGUUACCUUAAAGAUGGAAGUAAAGACAGUGAUGAAACGACAAAGAGAAAGGUCAACCUUGUCUUUGAGAAGAUACAGACCUUGAAGUCUCGGGCCACAGGGAGUGCACCAAGCGACAACAAAUCACUUGACAUUUCUGCACAGACCAAAGUGCUGCAGGAGCAAAAUGCUGAACUGGAGAAGGAGAUGUCCGAAGUAAAGAGACAACUAGAGAAGAAUCAAGCUGACAGGAGGACAGCAGCAGAUUUGAAGGAGCUGCAGCAGGAGCUGGAGCGGAGUGCUAAGGAGUGUAACCGCCUGAGGGAAAAACUUGCCCAAACAGAAGCCGAGCUCCAGACUACUUUAGAAGAGCUGUUUCAGGUGAAGAUGGAGAGGGAGCAAUACCAGACAGAAAUCAGAGACCUGCAGGAUCAGCUGUCAGAGAUGCAUGACGAGCUCGACACGGCCAAGAAGUCAGCCCCAGAUGGGGAGAAAGACAUCAUCAUAGCGGAUAUGAUGCAACUGAAAGUGGAGUUGCAGGAGGUUUUCCUGGCUAAGGAGGAACAGGAGGAGGUGCUGAGGAGGCGAGAGAGGGAGCUGACGGCUCUGAAAGGAGCACUGAAGGAGGAAGUGGCUGCUCAUGACCAGGAGGUGGACAAGAUGAAAGAGCAGUAUGAGAAGGAAAUAAGCCGGCUGCAGAUGUCUUUAGAGGAAGCCAAGCAGAGCAGUGCAGCAGUGGGCCGUGAAAAGGCUGAAGUGGAGGCAGCCAAGGGUGCAGUGGAGGGUCAAGCGGGACGGCUGAACCAAGAGGCCGAGCGGCUACGCAGGCGGGCACAGGAGCUGGAAAAUGAGGUGGCCAAACUCAACCGCAUCAUCGAUGAGGCCAAGCUACAGGAGAACAGGCUGGGGGACCGGGUCAGCCGGCUGGAGAAAGACAAGAAACAUUUGGAAGAGUCUUUGGCUGAAAUUAGAGAGCAAGAAGAGGAGGUGUCACGUGCCAAUCGAGCGUUGACCAUCCGAUUGGAGGACGUACAGAGAAACUUGACAAAACUGAGCAGUGAACACAAGGAGCUGGAGGAGAGGUUACAAGAAGAGAGGGUUCAGAAGGAGCAGUUUAAGAACAUGAAGAAUGGCAUUGAGGAUGAGAGGAGGUUGCUUGACCGUACAGUGGAGAAACUCCAAAGAGAGAUGAAUGAUAUUGUGGACGCGUCCCAAUCAUCCACUCGGGAGCUGCAGGAGCAGAUUGACAUUUAUAAAGAGAAGAACCGUCGGGAGCUUACGGAGCUGCAGAAACUUCUGAAGGAGCGAGGCCAGGAGCUGGAGAAGUACCUGCUUGCCACCAAAGCUCUACAAGAAGAGCUGUCACAUCGGGAGGAGGACCUGCGGCAGUGUGAGAGGGAACGAGACGACGCUGUGCUCAGGGAGAAGACGCUGGAGACAAAGGUUCAAGACCUGGAGGUGGAAGUAGAGACAAAGGCCAACGUUAAAGAAGACAAAACUCGUCAUCUAAAGCUCAUGGAGGACAGGAUUGCUCAGCUGGAGUUGGACCUGGAUGAGGAGCGUCAGAGUGGAGACCAGCUGAUGGACAGGAUAGACCGAGGACGAGAGCAGGUGGAGCAGAUGAGGAAUGAACUCCUGCAGGAGAGGGCUAGCAGACAGGACCUGGAGUGUGACAAGAUGGCUCUGGAGAGACAGAACAAAGAUCUGAAGGGCAGAGUGGCUCAUCUCGAGGGCUCCCAGAAGUCCAACAAAGAGGGCAUGGUAGCCCAGCUGGAGGAUCGCAUACAGGAGCUGGAGGAGAGGCUGGAAGGAGAGGAAAGGGAGCGUGCCAACCUGCAGCUAGUGAACCGAAGACUGGAGAGGAAGGUGAAAGAAAUGAUGAUGCAAACUGAAGAAGAGCAUAACUCAAUGCAAGACCAAAAGGACCAGUUGAAUUUGCGUCUGAAGGCCUUGAAGCGGCAGAUGGAUGAGGCCGAGGAGGAGAUCGACCGACUGGAGCACAGCAAGAAGAAGCUGCAGAGAGACCUGGACGAUCAGCAGGAGGCCAACGACCAGCUCCAGAGCCAGGUCAAAACUCUGCGAAGUGAAAUGAGGCGAAAGAGCAACUCCGCUCCGCUGCUCAGCAAUCUGCACGAUGACGCCGACGACGAUGAUGACAUUAGCACGGACGGCGAGACUUACUUCAGCUCAUCCUCCGGCUACAAGCGCUCCUCGAGUCAGGACAACAUGUUGUCAACACUCACUCUGUAAAAAGAACCCUGAGGCCGAGGAUAAGAUGCUUAUAUGCAUCACUGUGGGACAUAACAGCUGGAGAUCAUGCCAAGUACUUUUACACAAAACUGUAGAUAUUUCACCAUGACAUGUUAAUAGUCAAAACAUUUACAGGUAAGUACUUUAGAGUACUUUACUGUUUGAAGAUCCAUACGACCACAGAGUUCACAGAACUCUCUGGGAUAUUAAUCCGGCCGCCAACUUGAUGUUCUUAAAUUCACUCAGUAUUAAUUGAGCUGCAGCUCUAAGAAGUAUGGAUGAAUGAAUUGAUAAAUGGCGCUUUACGCCUUUGCUCAUGAAAUCAAAUGUAAAUACUGUUUAAUUUUGUAAUAAUUACAUUCCUAUUUGAAGUCUUACCUGUGUAAAAAAAAAAAAAAAAGUCACUUGUGCUCUGAAUUUUUCUUUGUUAACAAUCACUCUUGAGUUAUUUAAGUCACAUUCUGACUAUGGUAAACUUGAAAAACCAUUCCUGCCUUUGUGAACAAAAUGAGGUUAUUUACCUGACUUUCUUAUGCUUAUCAAACAUGUUAAUUUUACACACAGUUUAUAAAUAUUUUUUUGUAUCACUUAUUCAACUCAAAUAUAUACUUUUUUAAUGAAUGAAGAUCAAAUCCGAAUAUAUGAAGAGAGGAGUGCUAGGAUGUUAGUUUUUUUAUUUAUUCAUGGUUGAAAAUUUACAAUCCUGGCUCAGUGAGUGUUUAGGGACCAGUGAAUGAGGGACUUUGUACACAUCAUUUUUUACAGUUUUUUUAUGGAUGAUAAACUGGCAUUAGUUCUAAUUGUAUCACAAAUAAUGGUCACAUCACAGUAUUGCUUUAUACGACAUCUCCUGGAAGAGGCUGCUUCAUGCAACACAUCCCUAAAUUAACAUUUUUUUCUGUGAUUAAUGAUUCUGGAUCAAACUUUUAAUAGUUACAGCACUGAACGAAGCCCUAUACAUCAAAACCAUUUCAUCACAAUACAGUUAUUCAACUGCAAACACUUUUAUUUAACGUCAAUAUCUGGUAUCGUUUCCUCUUAAUGGCAAACAUCUUGCUUUAUUAAUAUCGUACAUUUGUAUUUAAAUUUCUCCACUGUGUACAUGAAGCCUUCCAGUGCCUGUGAAAGAAACAUUUGGGCCUCCGCUAUCUGUCCUCCAAGUUUGAGGGAAGUUCUUCAGAUGAGAUAAAUUGACAAAUUGAUGUUUUCUACACUGUGAUGAUUUGCACUCUCUGUUUUCUCUGUGUUGAAUAUCUUGUUCUGAUAUCUUUGGAGGGAAAGUGUAUCUAGACAACUGUCUACCACUACCUCUCUGUACACAUUUGUUUGUUUAUAAAUUCUGCUGACACUCAAAUAAAUUUACUUCCAGUUACUCUCA